CACCAAUCUCGCUCUCACUAAUAAAACAGAGAAUCUCAAUCUCAGAUCGAAGAAACAUAGUGAGAGAGAGAAUGGGUUUCACUUCCCGAGGAAACCCUUCUUUUCUCUUCUUCUUCUUUUUUCUCUGUCUCUCCACAGUCUCUGCUUACAUCAACAACACAAGCAGCAACAAUGGAGAAGCAAGAAGAGAGCUAGCUUCUGGGAGAUGUAAUUGGUUUAGAGGGAAUUGGGUUUAUGAUGCAAAGUACCCACUUUAUGAUCCUUAUAAAUGUCCAUUCAUAGAUCCACAGUUUAACUGUAAGAAGUAUGGUCGUCCUGACAAUGCUUACCUUAAGUUUAGAUGGCAACCAUCUUCUUGCUCUCUCCCCAGAUUCAAUGGGUUGUAUUUCUUGAGGAGGAUGAGAGGGAAGAAGAUAAUGUUCGUUGGAGAUUCACUAAGCACUAACAUGUGGCAAUCUCUUGCUUGUCUAAUUCACUCUUGGGUUCCUAACACUCGUUACACUCUUCUUCGCCAAAAGGGUCUCGCUUCACUUACCUUUGAGGAAUACGGAGUGACGUUGUUGCUAUACAGAACACAGUUCUUAGUAGAUUUGAAUGUGGAGAAAGUUGGGAGAGUUCUUAAGCUAGAUUCCAUUAAGCAAGGCAACAUGUGGAGAGGCAUGGACGUUUUGAUUUUCAACUCGUGGCAUUGGUGGACACACACCGAACACAUUCAGCCGUGGGAUUACAUGGAAGAUGGGAAUAGAUUGUACAAAGACAUGAACCGGCUCGUUGCUUUCUAUAAAGGAAUGACCACUUGGGCUCGAUGGGUUAAUACUUACGUCGAUCCUUCUAAGACUAAAGUCUUCUUCAACGGCGUGUCUCCUACUCAUUACGAGGGAAAGGAUUGGGGAGAGCCAAUGAACUCAUGUAGGAGUCAAACGCAGCCAUUUUACGGGAGGAAGUAUCCAGGAGGGACACCAAUGGCUUGGGUAGUUCUAAACAAAGUGAUGAGGAGAUUGAAGAAACCGGUCCAUUGGCUAGAUAUAACCGGUCUGUCUCAGCUUCGUAAAGAUGGUCAUCCUUCUGCUUUCAGUGGGAACCAUCCUGGUAAUGACUGUAGCCAUUGGUGUCUUCCUGGUUUGCCUGAUACUUGGAACUUGCUCUUUUACUCUACUCUUUUCUCUUAAUAAUUCUUGUUAUCUUUCUCAUCAAUGUAUAAGUUAACUUAAAGCAACAAUCAAUUAUUUUUAGUUAUCUUUUCACUGUGGUCGCUUGAUUCUUGACUGAAAUUACUCUUAAAUAAGACCAACGCACUUGA